CAGGCUCUCGCAGCAACCCCCAUUCUGCAAGCUUUGACAUUAGCCACACUUGCUGCAUCGGCAUCAAAACUCGUUGUCUUACCACUGCAUAGUUCCAGACGCUCUACUACAAUCGGCCAGGUUCCCGUCGCAGUUCUUUCACGAGGCUCACACUCCUCCUGACACCAGUUCCCAGACAUGGUCAACAACAAAAACCUUUACAGCAUGACAAGGGCCAUUACCUUGUCCGUCGUUGCUUGCCUACUCCUUGCAGUAUUUGUCAAUGCUCAGCCCGCACCGGCACCGGCUCCGGCGCCAACACCAUUGGCUCCUGCUAGCCCAGCGCCGUCGGGAGCGACACCCAGCGUGUCCGCCUCUGGCACUGCUCGACCACCUGCCGCCACCGGUAAUGUGACGGUCACUCCCAGUGCUUCCGCUUCGACCACCCCCACCCCUUCAGCGCUGCCUCUACCACCUUGUGGGAGCUCUCAGGGCCAGUUCAACAUCAUUGACCCAAACCCGAACCAAUAUGGCUCUAUCGGAAACGCACUGAACGUCACCUGGGGCUACAGCGACCUCACGGACAGGUCACGGUUCCCAGCCAAGAAAAUAGCGCUCUACUACCAACGCAGCAUUCCCGGCCCGGUCACUGCUGACGGAUGGGUUGCCAUCGACGAGGCUAUCCCACCAAAGGCCACUAGCUACCAGUGGAUCAUUCCAUCCAUGCAGGGAGGCACCUUCCUCCUCCAUAUCGCUGCUGACGACAUCGACCCACAGCGGCCCGCGGCGAGCACCUCCAACUGCAUCCCCGAUACGUUCCCUGGAUCGGUGAACAGCAGGCCGUUCAAGAUCUUGACUGCUAGCCCAUUGACCGUGUACCCCGAUAGCUUAGCUCCCAACUCGGCUAAGCAGGUGUUGGGCGGAUCUUGGUCUGCACUGGCUGGCGCAUUCGUAGCAGGCGUAUUGGGUGCUUUAUCGGCCAGUCUUUGAGUAGCGACUCCUUCCCGGUACUAGUCGAAGCAUGACAUUGCUCUUCGACAGCUCAUGUACCCGCACUGGCGUACUUACUCGGUGGCGUACUUGAUAGAGGUCGUGAAUUCACUCACUUCUGGCAAUCCCCUAUAUCCUGGAUACUUUGCUGCCGGAAAGGGCAUGUACUUUGUUUCCGGCCCAUGGCUUCAACUGUAAAUGCACAUAGGUUACUCUUCCGAAUUGUUAAUAUUAUAGAUCUGCUGCUUGCACGAGCUUGGGAUGUUGGGGUUUACGCUGCGUCCAC